AAAGGCACGAGGCCACAUGAGCCACGCGCGUCGCCUUGCCAUGGCCGCGCCCCGCGCGGUGCGCGCGGUGCGCGCAGUGGCCACGGUGCGCGCCGCGCGCGCCAAGGGCGCCAAAGGCGCCGAGGAAGCGAGGGCCUCGGUGGCGGCGGCCGCCGCGGGGCAGAGGUACUUCACCAAGACCCAGGAGUGGUUUCAAGUGGAGGAUGAGGGCGUGGUCACAGUAGGCAUCACACAGGUCGCGCAGCGCGCGCUGGGGGAGAUCGUGUAUUGCCGCCUGCCCGAGCCAGGGACCCGCUUCAAGGUGAUGGACAGCAUGGCCACUCUGGAGGCCUUGAAGUCAGUGGGGGAGGUGCACAGCCCAGUGGCGGGAGAAGUGCUGGAGGUGAACCCCAGGCUCGAGCGCCAGCCCUGCCUGGUGACGCGCCAGCCCUUGACGGAGGGAUGGCUGGUGCGCUUGUCCUUCGACGGUCGGAUCCCUAGGUACCUGCGCAGCGCGGUGCCCCGGGAGGUCAUCGAGCCGCUGGACGUGCCGAAGCUGGCGGAGUACCUGGAGGAGCGGCUGCUGAGCCCGAGACAGGAAACUGAGGAGGGCGGCGAGGGCCCCGGGGAGCUCACUUUUGCUGGGCUCACCUCCCUUGAGCGGAGCUUUGUGCACCGGGCGGCGCAGGAGCUUGGCCUCCACACCGGCUCCUACGGCACGGGGCAAGGGCGGAACCUGGUAGUGCGACGGGCGAAGGCGGAGGAGGCGGAGAAGGAGGAGGAGGAGGAGGCCCCAUCCGACGCCUCUCCAAUCCGCAAGAACCGGCCGAAGCGGCGCCGCGUUCAGCUGCUGCGGCGCUGAGGAAAAGGAACCACCUGAAUCCCGCAA